GUGCACAUAGAAGCGUCUUGAAUUGUGGUUGCAGCUAAAUCGGGGUGAUGACCGCUCUCAGGCUUCUCUCUGGUAUCGGUGCGUGUUAUAUGAAAAAUUAAAAUUUAUUAAAAUAUUUGAAGAGGAUAAUGUCGGCUGCAAAACCUGAAUUAGAAAAUUGGCGAGAAUUUAAUCGCAAACGGAAGGAACUUCGAAAACAAUGGAAGGAAAAGAAACUGUUAAAGAAGGUUAAGACGGAAUUUGAGGCCGAAUCGAAGACCGAGAUGAAGGAGCACGUGGAGGAAACGACAUGCGAGCGUAAGAAUGUUUGUACUGUGAGCAUUGCGGUACCCGGAUCUAUUCUCGACAAUGCUCAGACUUUGGAGUUACGAACGUAUUUGGCGGGACAAAUUGCCCGUGCGGCAUGCAUCUACAAGGUCAAUGAAAUCAUAGUGUUUGACGAUCAGGGUGAUAUCACGGAGAACGAGAAGAAAAAGAUCAGGAAGGAUGAUUUACUAGGCGAGAGCAGGGCAUCCUGUCUACAACUGGCUAGGAUACUGCAAUACUUGGAGUGUCCUCAGUAUCUGAGAAAGUACUUCUUCCCGAUUCAUAAAGAUUUGCAGUGUUGUGGUCUAUUGAAUCCUUUGGACAUUCCUCAUCACCCGAGACGAAUGGACGACUCUUUGUAUCGUGAGGGGAUUGUUACUAGUAAACCUAUAAAGACUGGUAAAGGUUCUCAGAUAAAUGUGGGACUUCUGAAUGAUGUUUAUGUGGAUAAGAUGCUAAUGGCUGGAUUAAGAGUGACUGUAAAAAUACCACCGGAACAGCCAAACCCAAAAAGACUGAAGGGUAUCAUUGUAUCCCCCAAUCUACCAUAUGCUGAAAGUGGAAUUUAUUGGGGAUAUACUGUUAAAUUAGCGAGAAAUCUAACAGAAGUAUUAACAAAGUGUCGGUUCAAAGGAGGAUACGAUUUGACGAUUGGUACAUCUGACAAGGGAACAUCAAUUGAUGAAAUAGAAGCCAAGAGUUUAGAAUAUCAUCAUUGUCUUAUAGUAUUUGGAGGUCUUGCCGGAUUAGAAGCUGCAGUGGACGUGGAUCCCAACUUGGAUGUCGAUGAUCCAUCCUUGGUAUUUCACAAAUAUGUGAACACCUGUCCUCAGCAAGGAACAAGAACUAUUAGAACAGAAGAAGCUAUUCUUUUAACCCUAGCUGAAUUGAGGACUAAAUUAAUGCCAAAAGAAACUCUUUCAUAAAAAAAUUAAUAAAUUAUAGAAAUAAAUAAAAUAUUAUGCU